AUGGAAGGUGAAAACCAAACUCUCACCUCUGAAUUCAUCCUCCUGGGACUUUCCAACCAGCCGGAGGAGCAGCAGGCACUCUUCUUGCUCUUUCUCUCCAUGUACCUAACCACAGUCCUAGGGAACCUGCUCAUUAUCCUGUCCAUCGGGUCUGACCCGCACCUGCACUCCCCCAUGUAUUUCCUCCUGAGCAACCUGUCCUUCGUCGAUCUCUGUUUCACGACCACCACGGUUCCCAAGAUGCUGGUGAAUCACACCUCGGGGAAUAAAGCCAUCUCCUAUGCUGGCUGCCUGACACAGAUGUUUUUCUUUAUUUGGUUUGCCGGCAUCGAUAGUUUCCUCCUGGUGGCCAUGGCAUAUGACCGCUACGUGGCCAUCUGUCACCCUCUACGUUACGCCUCUCUCAUGAACCCAAGACUCUGUGCCCUGUUGGUGGCCGCGCUGUGGUCUCUGGCCUGCAUUAACGCCCUGAUGCUCACCAUCCUGCUGAUGCGGUUGUCCUUCUGUUCACACAAUGAAAUCCCUCAUUUCUUCUGUGAUCUCAGCCCCAUGCUGAAACUCUCCUGUUCCGACACCUUCAUCAAUGAUGUCCUGGUUUAUACGGUAGGGGCGCAGUCCAUUCUAAUACCCUUCGUAGGUAUCCUUAUCUCUUACACCCAGAUAUUUGCUGCUGUUCUGAGGAUCCCUUCGACCCAGGGUAAGAGAAAAGCCUUCUCCACCUGUGGCUCCCACCUCUCUGUUGUUUCUCUGUUCUACGGGACACUCAUUGGGGUCUACUUCAGCCCCACGUCUUACCAUACAGCAGAGAAGGACACAGCUGCAGCCAUGAUGUACACGGUGGUCACUCCUAUGCUGAACCCCUUUAUCUACAGCCUGAGGAACAGAGACAUGAAAGGGGCCCUGAGGAAACUCUUCAGCAGGACUGUGGCUUUCUUCUGCUGA